AACUUUAACAAAGUGAUCAGGUCUCUAAUAACUUCGUGCAAAUCUCACUAUACGAUGUCUCUUUCUUUAUUAGUUUUACACCUUUCUCUUUCUCUUCCCCUUUUAUUAGUAUUAUUACUACAGAAAGGACAACGCCGCCGAGGUGUGAAAAUGGUUCUCUUCUUCUUCGCGUACACAGCUUAAAUGGUGGAAUUCUGGAUUGAACCCAAAUCUUGCUAGAGAUUGAUGAACACAAGUUGAGGUUUGUUUUUAGAUAUUGGGAGCUAAGAAAGAGGGGAAAUAAAUGGGUGAUGUGGAUACUUCAUCAGCAAUGACAAGUGCAGUAAUAGUCCCUUCAAGUAAUGCUUCUGAAGAAGCUAGUGUUUCUUCAGCUGGCAAUCAAAAUCAAGCUUUAUCUCCUCCUCAAGUUGUACCUCCAAAGAAAAAGCGUAAUCUUCCUGGAAUGCCAGGUUACUCUGCUUCUGUUCUGCAAAUUGAAUAAAAAUUAGUCCUUUUUAUUCGUUCUUUGCGAUGAACUCUUUUUUUUUUUUUUUUUGGUUUUUACUAUUUGAAUUAGUGGAAAGAAGAAUAAAAAGAUUGUAACUUUUUGGUGGGUUCUUUUUCUUCUUCUUCUUUUUUUUUUUUAAUGCAGAUCCAGAUGCAGAAGUAAUAGCUUUAUCACCAACGACCCUUUUAGCAACAAAUCGAUUCGUAUGUGAGAUCUGCAACAAAGGUUUUCAGAGGGACCAGAAUUUGCAGCUUCACCGAAGAGGUCACAAUUUGCCAUGGAAACUUCGUCAGAGAAAUGGGAAAGAAGUGAAAAAGCGUGUUUACGUAUGCCCUGAAGUCAGCUGCGUUCAUCACGACCCUUCCAGAGCAUUGGGUGAUCUAACUGGCAUCAAGAAGCAUUUCUGUAGAAAACAUGGUGAGAAGAAAUGGAAGUGUGAACGCUGUUCUAAGAAGUAUGCUGUCAUGUCUGAUUGGAAAGCCCACAUGAAAACUUGUGGUACCCGAGAAUACCGCUGUGAUUGUGGCACCUUAUUUUCAAGGAGGGAUAGUUUCAUAACACAUAGAGCAUUUUGUGAUGCAUUGGCUCAAGAGACUGCAAAAUCUCAGACUCCAAUUUCAAAUGAGGAGAGGAAUAAUCCGAAAGCGGAAAAGGUAACGACGUCGUCUUUGUCUUCGAGUCCGCCGCCACCGCCGCUUACUCCGUCAACUGGGGUGCUUUCUCCGGUCUUGUCUGUUCAAAGUUCAGAGUUGCCUGAAAAUCAACCUUCACGUUCACAACCGGAACCGGUCACCCCGACCGUCUCCAAUACAACUAUGGUUGCGCCCGGAGUGGGGAACUCGCCGUCCUCAAGUUCUGGUGUUAAUGUCAAUAGCACAAGUGGUGCAUUUGCUAGUCUGUUCGGAACAUCCAGCUCUGCGGGGCUUUCGCUAUCGUCACAGUCUCCUCCAUCGUUAUCCAGCUUGUUUUGUGGAAUGGGCGGUCCUGAAAGGCUUGCUGUUGCUGAACCGAUUUCACUUUCGCUGUCGCCUUCUCUGUACCUCUCCAACCAUACAUCGUCAUUAUUUCCUACCUCACCUCAGGAUCAUCAGAGACAGUAUGCAACUAGCCCACAGCCAGCGGCAUUAUCUGCAACUGCAUUGCUCCAAAAAGCAGCUCAAAUAGGUGCAACAUCGACUAGUUCGUCUUUCCUUCGAGGCCUUGGUUUGGCAAUGCCAGUAUCUCCCGACUUUCAGGGUAAUAGUACUCCCAGCUCCACCUCUACAAUCACCUCGUUGGCUCGUCCAUCCAUGAGAAACCCGGCGAUGAGCCAUGUGAAGUAUGAAAAUAUACCAAUUGCUCCAGGGCUUGGACUAGGACUACCAUAUGAUCAUUCUGUUUCAGGUUUGAACGACCAGAUUAUGAUGAGGCCUCCGGCAAUGUUUGGUGGCAGACCGACGACACUUGAUUUUCUUGGUAUUGGAAUCGGGCCAGGCGACACUCCGUCAACAGAUGGGAUUUCGGCGUAUCUGACCUCAAUCAGCGGCAGUUCUGCAGCCGCCCCAUCGUCUCUUGGUGGGGUGCACCUGGCUGGCGGGCAUUGGGAUGAGUCUAAUGAUAGGAAGCCAUCUUUUCUUUAGGGGGGUUGUAAUUUUUGGUUCCAAUAGUUCAACCCAUGCAUCUCUCUUCUUUCUAUUUUCGGUUUUGGGGAGAGUUUUUUUGUUGCUUUCAUAUGUCGAUCCAUGUAUCUAUGUACGCUUAGGGGGAUAUUACAUGUAAUUAUGUAACUUUUGCAUGUUCAAUUUGAUAGAUUAAAUAAAUUUAAUUCAUCGUGAGGCAGAUCGUACAAACGUUGGUAACUUGUUCCAACUUGUAAAGGACUUUUUAUAAUUUUUGAAAUUAUUAGUCAGUUUAGAUUUUCAUU